AUGGAAGUCGAUCCUUGUCUACACCUUGAAGACUCGAUACCCAUCGUGAACUUCUCACAAGUCGAACAGGAGGCGGGCGGACAGGAGGCCGCCUCCGAUGGCGACGAUUUCAUAUUCCAACGAGAGACUCACAGGUUGGACGACCCGUUCAGCCCGACCACCCAUUACCUCGAGGCCGAGAACUACGAGCGGAUCUACAACCUUAGCUGGGACGAGGGAUGGCCCAAGAUGCUUGAGGAUGAGUCAGAGAUUCCUCCAGGCGUCUUCCGCUUCCUCGGCAGGACUAAGAACGGGGGAUGGAGGAACCCGGGCAAGCACACACAUCUCACAGGGGUACAAGUGAAGGCGCCAGGAAGUUGGUUCGAGGAGCUGGGGCAGAAUGGACAGAUGAUCAGGAUUCGAGGCCCCGCCUUCAUGGCAUUGGAUCAUGUGUUCCCAUGGCGCGACAAGCAGUUCGAGCUGUUGGACACCGACGACGUUCCCAGCAGGAAAGGCGUGCGAGUGCUGCAGCCAGCCAUCGGGGUGAGGGUGCCCGACCUGCUGGAGUGGAGGGAGAGGCCGAUCUGUGAUUGGAUGGCGUGGAAUGAAGGAUGGUUCGUGGUGGAUGUUGGGAGGGGGAGGAGAGUUCGCCCGACCCAUUACUGCAUGCGGAAUGGCGGAGGAGUCUUGAGCAGCCCAGGAGCUUGGAUUGUUGAGGGAUCGUGCUCGCGGAAGGGCCCGUGGAGCGCGGUGGACAUGCGAGGGUUCGAUUUUGAUAUCGAGACCGUGAGCUUUGAGGAAAAAUAUUUCGAGCGGGCAAAAUCGAGACAAUACGUCUUCCCCAAGGACAAUGAGAAGGGAGGUUUCAAAGAGCCCGAGGACGGCUACAUCAUACCAAAGUCUCACUGCUCGAUCGUCUGGAGAACGACAGACAUCGAGAAAGACUGGUAUCGAUUCAUCCGAGUGACGCAGUUCAAGGCGAUGGAUUGCUUCACAAAGAGGAUGUUCGUGCAGGGGUUCGAGCUGUACGGCGAACUCAAGAUGGGCUGCGAUGAGAUCGAGAGGGAGGAGGAGGUGAACCCGCAAGAGCUCACUGACGAAGAAAACAACCUGCUGGCGGAGGAGGUGGAAAUCGCACUCAAAAAGAAGGUUGUCACUUGGGACCCGAAAGAUCUCAUCGACAGGGAGCGACAGAAGGCGCUGGAGGAAAGGUUCGAACGGAUUACUGAAGAAGCACUCAAGGCCGGACAGAGACAGCAGGUCGACAUCUCUCCCCAGGACGAGGAAGAAGUGCAAGGGAAAGACAACGAGCUCGGGCAGAUGUCCGCUUCAGAGAUCCUUUACGUCGUCUGGGAGAGUGAGGACUUCCAACGGGCUGUACAAGAUGUCAUUCACUGGCUCAAGGGAUGCAAAGAUAGCGUGUCCACCGUCAGGUCCUGGCUUCGGACAGCCUCCUCCCACACCACCCAGAAUGUCGACAAGACCUGCAAGCUUCUCGACAAGCUCUUACAAGCAAGCGCCAUCACCGCGUCGCAGCUCUCAGAAGCUGUUAGUGACCCCGAGACCGUUGACAUCAUCUCCUCCGACAACCCUCAUCUCCUCAAGAGCUUGAACAGCAUGCUUGUCGCUCACUCCAUGCCCACCAUCACCAGCCCCGAAGACGACGAGGGAGGAGGCGCAGGGGACGACCUCGAGGAAGAGAUGGAACUUCUACGACAGCUUCGCCUCUCUCGAUCCAAGGGACGGACACAGGAGCAGCAGCAGCAGCAGGGUUGGGAAGAGGAGGAGGAGCGGGGGGAGGAGGAGGAGAAAGAUGGGGAGGACAACGAUCUGGAACGGGAGGAGCAACCAGACGGCGAGGACGAACAGGAAUGGCAAGAGGAAGAGGAAGAGGAGGAAGAAUGGCGCGAACAAGGAGAGCGGCAGUUUGCAAGAGGCAAGGAGGGCAAGAAAGCUGAAUCGUCGGAGCUUGAACGGACCUCUUCUACAGAACCCAGCGAUGACACAAGCACGGUGGGAGGAGAGGGAAGCUGA